AUGGCCGAAUUCGUUAGAGCACAAAUUUUCGGUACUACCUUUGAGAUCACCUCGAGGUACUCGGACUUGCAACCCGUUGGUAUGGGAGCCUUCGGUCUCGUUUGCUCCGCCCGUGACCAACUUACCAACCAGAAUGUUGCCGUCAAGAAGAUUAUGAAGCCCUUCAGCACUCCCGUUCUCGCUAAGCGAACAUACCGUGAGCUGAAGCUGCUCAAGCACUUGAGACAUGAGAACGUCAUCUCUCUCAGUGAUAUCUUCAUUUCCCCUCUUGAGGACAUCUACUUCGUCACAGAGCUUCUCGGCACCGACUUGCACAGACUGCUCACCUCCAGACCUCUCGAAAAGCAGUUCAUUCAGUAUUUCCUUUACCAGAUCAUGCGCGGCCUGAAAUACGUCCACUCUGCUGGUGUAGUCCACCGUGAUUUGAAGCCCAGCAACAUUCUCGUCAACGAGAACUGCGACUUGAAGAUUUGCGACUUCGGUCUCGCCCGUAUUCAGGACCCCCAGAUGACUGGUUACGUCUCGACGAGAUAUUACCGCGCUCCCGAGAUCAUGCUCACAUGGCAAAAGUACGACGUUGAGGUCGACAUCUGGAGUGCGGGAUGCAUUUUCGCCGAGAUGUUGGAGGGCAAGCCUCUGUUCCCCGGCAAGGACCACGUCAACCAGUUCUCCAUUAUCACCGAGCUUCUCGGUACUCCUCCCGACGAUGUCAUCAACGGCAUUGCCAGUGAAAACACCCUCCGAUUCGUCAAGUCCCUGCCCAAGCGCGAAAGGCAACCCUUGAAGAACAAGUUCAAGAACGCCGACCCCUCCGCCAUUGACCUCUUGGAGAGAAUGCUGGUCUUUGAUCCCAAGAAGCGGAUAACGGCGACUGAGGCGCUCUCGCACGACUACCUUGCUCCCUACCACGACCCCUCUGACGAGCCCGUCGCCGAGGAGAAGUUCGACUGGAGUUUCAACGAUGCUGAUUUGCCCGUAGACACGUGGAAGAUCAUGAUGUACUCCGAGAUACUCGACUACCACAACGUGGAUGCGUCUGCGCAACAGAUGGAAGAGCAGUUUAACGCACAAUAG